AUGUACCGAGCGAUACGGUCGUUUGAUACUGGUGGACGAGGGAUCGGAUCGAUUUCCCUGAAACUCAGAAGACAGAACAAAACGCCACUCUUACGAGUCAGUUUUGAACAGUCCAUGGGAAUUGGAGAUAGUACAUAUGUCCAGCAUGAAUUUCCUGUCAGAUUAGUCCGAGUUGACGAACGAAAAGCCAUAGAAGAACCGCAAUGUCCACCGCCAGACCUCUACCUCGAACUGCCAAACGCACUGAGUGAAAUUAACCGAGUCAUUGACAAGUUUAAAGCACUAGGAACACAUGUUCGGAUCCGAGUCAACAAACUCGGCCACAUCUCUUUCGAAGUUCAUGGUGACGGUCUACGAGUCGAAUCAACAUUCAAGUACGGGAAAGUCGUGCUCGCAGUUGACGACGAAAACAAUACCACUCAACCACCAGAACUCGAACAAGACCCGUAUUCCAACGAGCCAGCCAACGACCCCUCUGUAACAGUCAUGCUCAAAGACCUGUCCAACGUGCUCCGAAUCACCACCGUCGUCAAACGAAUCGUGGUCGGCGUCUGCAACGAGUACGCCCUUAUCCUCUACUGCUACCUCGACCGCGAUCCGGACAAACACGACGAUUCCGGCGACGAAGAGGUGCUCACGUAUUAUAUGAGCCACUUCGACGUAUAA